UAUUCGAGUUGACUCCUCUCUAAAAUUUCGUCUGAUGCGCGUUUUAAUUAUUUAAAAUUACUUCAUCGUUGCUGGCAUGGCGGAGUCAGUCGCUUGUCCCGCGUUUCAGUUGGGAAAACCUCGAUAUGACCAGAGCUCAUUUCUGGGCAGGCUUAGACACAUCAUUGAUAUCAUCGAUCCUAGCACUCUCCUGGUUUCAGAGAAGCGUCUGAAUGAAUGUGUUAAACUCCUGGAUGAUUUUAAACAUGGCACACUUCCUUCAGGUGUGUCAGAUAAACAGCUCUGGGAGGCUCAGAAAGUAAAACAGGCUAUUAUUCACCCUGACACAGGAGAGAAGAUCUUCAUGCCUUUUCGCAUGUCAGGUUAUGUGCCAUUUGGAACACCAAUCGUGGUGGGUCUUCUCCUACCGAACCAGACUUUGGCAUCAACUGUGUUCUGGCAGUGGUUGAACCAGAGUCACAAUGCGUGCGUGAACUAUGCCAACCGCAAUGCUACAAAGCCCACGCCAACCUCUAAGUUCAUUCAGGGAUAUCUAGGGGCAGUGACCAGUGCUGUCUCUAUUGCAGUUGGCCUUAAUGUCCUGAUUCAGAAAUCCAGCAAGUUUAGUCCUGCAACCAGAUUAAUUAUACAGAGAUUUGUCCCCUUCCCUGCUGUGGCCAGUGCUAACAUCUGUAAUGUGGGCUUGAUGAGACACAGUGAGCUGUCUGAGGGCAUUGAUGUCAUGGAUAGUAAUGGGAAUGUCGUGGGCUCCUCACAGAUAGCUGCCAAAUAUGCACUGAUGGAGACUGCUUUCACACGAGUAGUCCUGCCGUUACCGAUCUUUGUUCUCCCUCCGGUUAUCAUGGCCUUCCUUGAAAAACUUCCUCUGCUGCAGUCUCACCGCAGGCUGGUGUUGCCUGUUCACAGCCUGGUGUGCCUGGCUGUCUUUGGCCUGUCUCUGCCUUUAGCCAUCAGCCUCUUCCCUCAGAUGUCUGAGAUUGAAGUGUCUCACCUUGAGCCGGAGAUUGCCAUGGCAACAGAUUGCAAAGUGCUGACCUACAAUAAGGGACUGUGAUCUGCAGCAGGCUGGAGGCUGGAGGAAAUGAGGAAUAAAAGAGAGAGAGAGAGAGAGAGAGAGAGAGAGAGAGGACGUGUAGUAAAGACAUUGAUAUUAGCCUUCUUUCUUUUGUGCAGCUGUCUCAGAUAUUCCAGGUACUGCAGUAUAAAUGAGCAGGUAGUUCCCAAGGAGGAUUUUAACCACUAAGCAAUACUCAUACUGUGAAAGCUACCUUAAUUAACCUUAAUGUGUGGGUAAUUAAACACUAAUAACUACCAUGAGAACAUAUGUAACACUGCUACAGUGACACAGAUGGAACAAUGUCUUAUGGUCCUCAGAGUCAUAACUGUUUUAAGGAGAAACAUUAGGGGUUUUUUUAUAGACCACUUGCUGGUAAAGUGUGGUCCUAAUCCAGAUUGUGUGAUUUUUUACCAUUCAAUCUAGAUUUUCUAGAUUUAGGGAAUUACUCAAUUACUAUUGCACUUUCAUGAAGAAAUGACAUUGUUUCAUUAAUUGCAUGAAUUUUUAAUGAAUUUAUGUGUUUUGUUAAUAAUAUCACAUUAUAUGUUUAAGUGGC